AUGACUGAGGAAGAUAGUAAGGAUAUAUUUAAAGAAAAAUUGGACGAAAUGUUGGGUGAUCCACUGCUCUAUGACAUCAAAGAUGACAUCACAAUAGAAGAAAUAAACUCUUUAAUAGACCUCGAAUAUGGACGAGCCAUGACUAUCACAGUGAAUAGAGCUGAUGGGGAUUGCUAUACAGUUAUUGUCAAUCAAAAUGGAACAGUGAAAGAUAUAAAAUCUGCAAUAAAUCGACACUUUAUGCUUAAAAUGCAACGAGAAAAUGGGCCUAAGCAUAUCAGUUGGAAAUAUGUAUGGCGGACAUAUUGGUUAUAUUUCGAUGGACAAAAACUUAGAAAUGAUAAAGAUAAAUUAAAAACUUACGGGAUUAGAAAUAAUGAUACUGUUUGUUUUAUAAAACGACUGAGAGAAAAAUGA